AUGCCCACCGUGGACGAUGUGCUGGAACACGUGGGGGAGUUCCACCGCUUCCAGAAGCAGACGUUCAUCCUCCUGGCUCUCUUCUCAGCCACCUUCGCCCCCAUCUAUGUGGGCAUCGUCUUCCUGGGCUUCACCCCCGACCACCACUGCCUGCGUCCAGGGGUGGCCGAGCUGAGUGCCCACUGUGGGUGGAGUCGGGCCCAAGAGCUCAACUUCACGGUGCCCGGUCCGGGGCCCUCUGGGGAGUCCUUCCCCAGCCAGUGCCUCAGCUACCUGGUGGACUGGAACCGCACCGACCUGGGCUGUGUGGACCCGCUGGCCGGCCUGGCCGCCAACCAGAGCCAGUUGCUACUUGGGCCCUGUGAGCACGGCUGGGAGUAUGACGCGCCUGGCUCGUCCAUCGUCACCGAGUUUAACCUUGUGUGUACCAAUGCCUGGAUGCUGGACCUCUUUCAGUCAGCUGUGAAUGUAGGAUUUUUUAUUGGUUCUGUGGCUGUUGGCUACAUAGCAGACAGGUUUGGCCGUCAACUCUGUCUCCUAGCCACUAUUCUCAUCAAUGCAGCUUCUGGGCUGCUUAUGGCCGUCGCCCCAACCUACACUUGGAUGCUUGUCUUCCGCCUAAUCCAGGGCCUGGUCAGCAAAGCAAGUUGGCUCAUAGGCUACAUCCUCAUUACAGAGUUUGUUGGGCUGAGCUACCGCAGAACAGUGGGGAUUUUUUACCAAGUGGCCUUUACCGUGGGGCUCCUGGUGCUGACUGGGGUGGCCUACCUGAUUCCCAAUUGGAGGUGGCUGCAGUUCACUGUGACCCUGCCCAACCUCUGCUUUCUGCUCUACUACUGGUGCAUCCCUGAGUCCCCCAGAUGGCUGAUAUCCCAAAACAAAACUGAUCAAGCCCUGAAGGUCAUCAAGUAUGUGGCGAAGAAAAACAGAAAGCCCCUGCCCGCUUCUCUGCAGAACCUCAAGCCCGAUGAGGACAUUGGUGGGAAGUUGAAUCCUUCCUUCUUGGACUUGGUCAGGACCCCCCAGAUACGGAAGCACACUUUGAUCUUGAUGUACAACUGGUUCACAAGUGCUGUUCUCUAUCAGGGACUCAUCAUGCACAUGGGCCUUGCAGGAAGCGACAUCUACAUGGAUUUCUUCUACUCUGCACUGGUUGAAUUUCCCUCUGCAUUCAUCAUUAUCUUCACCAUUGACCGCAUCGGUCGCCGGUAUCCAUGGGCUGCUUCAAACAUAGUGGCUGGGGCAGCAUGUCUGGCCUCAGUUUUUAUCCCUGAUGACCUGCAGUGGCUGAAAGUUCUGGUGGUGUGCUUGGGAAGAAUGGGGAUCACCAUGGCCUAUGAGAUGGUCUGUCUAGUCAAUGCUGAGCUGUAUCCCACAUUCAUCAGGAAUCUCGGGGUCCUCGUCUGCUCCUCCAUGUGCGACAUUGGGGGAAUCAUCACACCAUUCCUGGUCUAUCGGCUCACUGAUGUCUGGCAGGAACUUCCGCUGGUGAUUUUUGCUGUGAUUGGCCUGGUUGCUGGGGGGCUUGUGCUGUUGCUCCCAGAAACCAAAGGGAAAACUUUGCCAGAGACCAUUGAGGAAGCUGAAAAUAUGCAGAGAUCAAUAAAAAGCAGAGAGAAGAUGAUUUACCUCCAAGUGAAGAAGGUGGAAGUGCAUCAAAACUAA